UGCGUCUGUGCUGCCGAUUAGGGUGAUCAGAGCCGGAGCUACGAUGCAGUGACAGUCUACGGGAAGACACAGACACACACACAUACACACACACUGAGCGACAGAGCGAGAGCAAGGGAGGGAGAGUAACACACGAAUGCACACGAGAAAUGAUCCGGUCUUAGACUAUGGCACCGUCGGGCUCGCGUAGUAUCAAGCGGGGCUGUCAGAGAGUUUUGUACUGGAUCCCGGUCCUCUUCAUCGCCCUCAUAGUGGCUUGGUCAUACUACGCCUAUGUUUUUCAGCUUUGCAUAGAGUCCAUCGAAGACACGGGACAGAAGGUCGUGUACUUGCUGGUGUACCAUGCCAUUUUCAUCAUGUUUGUGUGGGCGUACUGGCAAACCAUCUUCACCAGGCCCAUGAACCCCCUGAAGGAGUUUCACCUGUCCUACUCUGACAAGGAGCUGCUGGAGCGUGAAGAUCGGGGAGAGUCUCAGCAGGAGAUCCUGAGGAGGAUAGCCAAGGAUCUGCCCAUCUACACCCGCACCAACUCUGGAGCAAUCCGCUUCUGUGACCGCUGCCAGCUGCUGAAGCCUGAUCGAUGUCACCAUUGUUCAGUCUGUGAUAAAUGCAUCCUGAAGAUGGAUCACCACUGCCCCUGGGUGAACAACUGCGUGGGAUUCUCCAACUACAAGUUUUUCAUGCUGUUCUUGGCAUAUUCGCUACUCUACUGCCUUUUUAUAACUGCUACAGAUCUUCAAUACUUCAUCAAAUUUUGGACGAACGGUCUCCCAGACACUCAGGCGAAGUUCCACAUCCUCUUCCUCUUCUUCUCGGCCUCCAUGUUCUCGGUCAGCCUCGCCUCUCUUUUCACCUAUCACUGCUGGCUGGUCUGCAAGAACAGAUCCACCCUCGAGGCGGUGCGUGCCCCGGUGUUUCGUCACGGCACAGAUAAGAACGGCUUCAGUCUGGGCUUCAGUAAGAACUUCCGUCAGGUCUUUGGUGAUGAAGUUAAAUACUGGCCCAUUCCCGUUUUCUCCAGUUUAGGUGAUGGUUGCUCGUUCCCAUCCUGUCUGGUGAAUGUGGACCCUGAGCAGCCCUGUUCACCCACGGGCUCCAACUCUGCCAACAAGGGUGCAGCAGAAGGCCGCCACUUCCCCUCCAAGCCGCUGCGAGAGAGCCAGAGUCGACUGCUCACCAGCACCCCCUCCUGGUCAGAGAGUGACAGUGCAACAGACAAAGACAAGAAAGGUGCCAGCAACCCAGGGAUGACCAUAGAAAACGAGGCAUAACCAGAGUUAAGAGUUGGCACCUUCUUCCCAGAAAAGUCUCUGCUGCCCCCUCUCCUCAGUGUUUGUGCCUAUACAAACGUGACGUGGUGGUGACUUCGUCGACAUUUGCUGUUUCCCAUAUUGCACCCUUCUUCUGAGAGGUUUACAUGACCGUCGUCACAUACAAACCAGAGGAAAAUCAAUCAGUCUCACUGUUGCUGUUAUCAGCCACGUGACCUGCUGCUAUCUGAAAGGAUUUGAGCUUCAGAACAAGGGGAUUAAAAUGAAAAUUGCAUUCCAACAAUCACAUUUUCCUUUGUUUCGAUGUGGAUAAGCACAGAGCAGCAGUGGAAGAGGAGAUGUUUUUGCACUUUGUAUACUGGUAGAUCAACCUGAGCUGCUUUUGUAUGUUACAGUUCAUGACACACAAACUCUCAGAAUUAUCAACAAGAAGUUUAUGUUAUUUUCAUUGCUUUUAGCACAUUAGUAAAUGUUGUUAUGAGUUUGCCAAACAUUUGCACAUUAAGUAUAAACUGAUAGUGAUGUUAAUGUGAUGUAACUGACAUUGCUUUAGUCUUACUUUUCUUUUUAGUAAAGUUUUUUUUUUGUUUUUUUUGGUUGGAGGUGGGGGGGCAGGUUUUCCACAGACCAUGCUGAGUGUUUUUGUGGAAGUUCAAAUGAUGCAUGCUCUCAUCUCAGGAUGUCAACACAAACACACCUUGUUGUAGUGACCUGUUGUUCUCCCCUUUGCCUGAAAAAAAGAAAAGAAAAAGUGUAGUCAUUAGUAAUUCCAUUUUUUAAUAAGGGCUCUUCUGACUCGUUAUAGCAUGAGUGAGGAUGUUGCUGUCACACUAAGACACCCAGGAGCUGGUGGUGCUGCUCUGUGCUGUGACAGUGUGCGUUUCAGACAUACACAAACACACACACACACACACACCACCCGUAAAGUAUCUAAACUGCUGUCUGGUAGCCCACACCACGUGUCAAACUGCCGGCCAAAAAGCUUCCUGACUGUUUGGGUCUGGAGGGCCAGAUCACUGGCCGCCAGCAAGAACAAGCCUCCGUGUGAUGCUGCUGCAGAUCUGUUCACCAUCAAAGAGCAGAAAAGAGUGUUUUUCUAACUCACCACAUGACGUCCACAUGUUGUGGAUGUACUGCAGAGCAAAAAAUAAACAAAAAAUAACAAAAUAAAUAUCUGCUCCAGCCACUUUGUACAGUCUGUUUUCACCUUCUGAGGAUUCUGUCCGUUCUGUCUUCAGGCUGGAAAUGAUUAAAAUACAUCACUGAGAAUUAGUUCAAAGAAUGUAUGCUUGUUUCAAAAAGCUUCAUGGUGACAGUGUCUAUUUCUAUUUUUCUAUUCUUCUGUCUGUAUGACUCAAGAGACAAUAUGGAUGUGUGAGGCAAUGCACUGUACAGUUGUGAUGCCUUAUAAGAAUAAAACAAAUUCAUCCCGU